AUGGAAACCAGGGCAUCAAGGAGAAGAAAGCUUCUUCUCAAGGAGGCGGUGGGAGAUAGCGAGGACAGGAUAAGCACUCUCCCAGAUGCCAUUCUGCACCACAUCCUCUCCUUCUUGCCAGUCAAAUCCAUAGCACAAACCAGCCUUUUAUCCACAAGGUGGCGUUAUCUCUGGGCUUCGUACCCUUGUUUAGACUUCUACGAGAAAACCUGUAGGAGACAAACUAAUUACAAGGCCAUGGAGUUCAUCAACGCAGUAUUGGCUCGUCGCCAUGCAAACUCCAAUAUAAAGGUUUUUCGCUUCAAGGGAGAGCUGGGUUUCACUUGUUUGCGCGAUUGCAUUCGCCGCUUGGUACGACAUCGCGUUGAGGAGCUUAAGAUGAACGUGUCGUUUUGCGGCGGAUUCAAUUUGCCUCGUUGUGUUUUCGAUUGUGAUUCGCUAACAAGUCUCUCACUGAAAAGCCAUAACCCAUUUGGAUAUUCAUGGUUUAAAUUGUUGAGGAGUAGUGACACCAGUGGCCUUCGUUCACUGCAGGCAUUGACGCUGAAAUACGUCCAUUUUGUGAACAGUGAUUCGGCUGCGUUGUUUUCGGGUUCUUCAUCAUUCCCUGCUCUAAAGAGAUUGACUCUAAAACGUUGUGAAGGAUUGAAUCGUCUCAAUAUUGGUUGCCAGGGGAUUGAAGAUUUAAAAGUUGAAUGGACGGUGAUAAAUGUGCUUGACGUGUCUACAGGUGAAAGACUAAAGAAUUUGGGAGUGAAAUCUUCCUUCCGCGCUUGCAAGAAUGAAAGUUGGGUCAAGAUUUUUGCGCCGAAGCUGGAGACUUUUUGUUGGGAAGGUAAUGAGAUUCCUGAGAAAUAUUCAGUGCAAAGCUUCCCUUUCCUGAAAAAUUGCAGCAUUGAUAUUACCGGUAGAUAUCUUUUCAUCGUUAAUGCGGCAAUCAACUUUCUAUCCGGGGUCGUCUCUGCUCGAUACCUUCGUAUUCGCACUCUGCAUACAGGAGAGAGUUUUUCAACUAUAUACCUUGAGGGUGGUCUUCCAUUUCCAUUUUUGAACCUGAGGACCUUGGAAGUUCAUAAUGGUUUGCGAAAAUCUGAAAUCCCUGGAAUAGUUUGCUUACUCAAGAAUGCUCCCUUACUUGACACUCUCAAACUUGAAUUUGUUCAUUGUGAUGAAUGCAUACUCACAAGAAGAUCAGACGAUAAAUGGGGCAUAACUUUAUUGGACGACUCUGGUUUCACAGAAGAACAGUUUUGGGAAUCUGAAGCUCAAGCUUUAAGAUCCUUCCUAAAUCACCUAAGGGUGUUGAAAAUUUAUGGUAUGAGUGAGAGCGCGAUUGUUGCUACCAGAUUUAUGCUAAAGCAUGGGAAUGUCUUGCAAGAAGUGACUCUAAUUAGUUCAAAAGACCAAUAUGAGUGGGAGGAAAAUUAUAUUAUUGGAUUUCCGUGGGCGUCUCCUCAUAUCAAGAUUAAUCUCAUGAGCGAGUAA